GUCGUCAUGCGCGGCCCCACCGGCUACCACCCUGCUCCAUUAUAUAAUCACAGGUUUAUGCUCUUCCCGGCCAAGAGCUAGCUAGAGUUUCCCACCUCACUCACUCCCUCAGCUCAGAGCUCACUGUCUCACUCGCCUCGAUCCUCUUCUCUUCCGUCCAAGCUAGAGCUUUUCUCCCUCCCACCCCCUUCGCAGAGGUUCGCAGCUCGAGGAAGGGCUCGCAGGAAGAGCGGUGGCCGGUGCUCAUGGAGGUCUGCGGCGCCGAGGAGAAGCAGACGCCGCCCAAGAAGAGGAGCGGCGGGAAGGGGGCGGCGAUGGGCGUGCGCGCGGACGGCGGCGGCAAGGGCCGGCGGCCGUCCUUCCCCGGGCGGUGCGCGCGGCUCGUCAAGGAGCAGCGCGCGCGGUUCUACAUCAUGCGCCGCUGCGUCACCAUGCUCGUGUGCUGGCGCGACUACGCCUGAGGCACGCCGCGCCGCCGCCGCCGCCUGCGAUCGAAGGUCGAUCGAUCCAUCGAGGAGUAGCAGACAGACCAAGACAAGCUCCCUCUCUCACUAGCCCAAGGAUCCUCCUCCUGUGUAAAGAGUAGUAGAUUUUUUCCUCUUAUUUUUUUCUUUCUUACCGUUUGUUAGCAUCACGAGUAGAGCGAUGCAGUGUCGCCGCGCCGCGCAUUUUGUUGUAAUAUUAUUAAUCUGAAAUCCGAUGUCAUGUGAGCAUCUCUCUGAUAGUAAGGGGAAGAACUGUUGAUCGUCGAAA